CGCUCUUUGUUCCGACCGGUAGUUGUCUGGUUAUUCUCGACGAGUGUUCAGCUUGAUUUUGGCAGAAUCGACAACAGCAUCGCAGGAAUUUCUAUUUGCACAACUCUAGUACGAGCGCGCCUCGAGCUGCACCGCCAUGACGACGGUGGUGAACACGGUGGACACCACUCAUGAAGACAUGAUUCAUGAUUGUCAGAUGGAUUUCUACGGAGUCCGUCUGGCGACUUGUUCCUCGGACAUGAGCGUGAAGAUAUUUGAUCUCCGUAGCGGAAAUCAAAAAUUGGUCGCUGAUCUCCGAGGACAUGAAGGACCCGUUUGGCAGAUCUCAUGGGCGCACCCUAUGUAUGGACCCCUUCUCGCAUCCUGUUCCUACGACCGUCGUGUCAUACUCUGGCGGGAAACAAAUGGAGUUUGGCAGCAAUGGCACGAAUUCAAGAAUCAUGAUAGCUCGGUCAACGCUGUGCAGUUCGCACCGUACGAGUUUGGAUUGAUGCUGGCUUGCGCCAGCUCCGACGGGACUGUCACCAUUCUCAGCAGCAGCAACAACGGCGCCACGUGGGAUGUCAACAAAAUCACAGGAGCACAUUUGAUGGGCGUGAACAGCGUCAGUUGGGCUCCGUACACUGCCCCGUAUUCUCUCUUCGGUCUUAACGGCGACCAGGACAAUCAGCAGGCAGAUAGGCAGAUACGACUUGUCACGGGAGGCAGCGACAAUCUCGUCAAGAUCUGGAAAUACAGUGAUACACAGCAACAAUGGGUCGAUGAUCAGACACUAGAGGCCCAUCUCGACUGGGUUCGUGACGUGGCGUGGUGUCCGUCCACAGCAUUCUCCAAUUCGUCGAUGAUUGCUUCAUGUUCUCAAGACCGUAGAGUUAUCAUAUGGACUUCGAACGACGGAAAUAAAACUUGGAAGGGUCAGGUUCUAAAUACAUUCGAUGACGUAAUAUGGCAUGUGAGCUGGUCGAUGAAUGGAGAUAUGUUAGCUGUAUCGGGCGGCGACAACAAGAUCAGUCUAUGGAAGUGUUCCGCAGACCACAGAUGGAUCUGCAUCUCCGAGGAUGGCGGCCGAAAAAUCCGGGGGCACGCUCCACACGCGGUGGAUCGCGCCCUCUGAGAGCACUUUUGAAUUGAUUUCGCAGUUAAUCACAUACGUUCCCUCCUAUGCAUCCCCAGCUAUUUUAAGUAUCCACAAUAAAAGCGAGUAUUGUUCA